GCGUGCGCUCUAGAUCCUCGGCUCAACAUCGGCUGAUACAUUCCCGGGAAAAAAGAUGCGCACAUGAAGGUGGCUCGGUUGUGGAGCGUGGGGAUUUAGAGCGAAUUGAUUACCACUAUCCGGGUGCAUCCGGUUAGCCUGGUUGAGUGACUUGUGAUUUCUGCCGAGGCGUGUUUCAGGCUUGCUUAAGGAGUUGAUGAAUUAUUUUGCUGGUACUGCAGUCAUCCCUCUCUCAAUCGCCCCCUAAGGACGAGGAAGUCAGAACACUCUGGAUCCAUCAUCGGUGCGCGGUCCCACGCAUCCUCAUCAGCACUGAUUACUGGUCGUCUGAAGCGAGAGAUUCUGCUCCGUCUGGUGUUCUCCAAGGAUUCUGAGUCAUGCACGACUCAGUGCGCGUCGUCGAAGUCGUUUCGGAGCUUCUGAAGAAAUAUUUCCUCCCGGUUCACGUAGAGGUACUUCGAAGAGGCUACAAAAAAUUGAUCGGUGAGGACCUUCCGUUCCGGGAGUUCGGUUUCCCGUCCGCGGCCGAUUUCCUGCGCGAUGGAUGCGGAGACGCCUUUACAGUAACGCGAAGCGAGACCGACAAAACCGUGUAUUACGUCGCUCCUAGGAAUUAUCCCUCCAAUGGGACGAGCCUCAUUCUUAAACGAGAAUCCACCGAAAAUGUCCCCCCUGAGUCCGAACGCAUCCGCGAAGCUUUGCAAGCGCUAAACCAUGGAGCAAAGGCAGCUCCGAAGAAGAGGAAAUUCGUCCCACCCCCAAUUCAAACAAUAUUUGGGCUUCUUGCUCAGUAGACACCCAUCCGGAAUUUCCGCUGGAGGAUUGAUCGCCGAGUUCCUGAGAGUCUCUGGAUCGCCAUUGAGCUACGAAAUGUACGGCUACGGGGAUCAUCUCGAAAUGUUCAGGGACCUCACGGAUGUGUUCACGAUGCAGGAGAUCAACGGUGAGAAUAUAUUGUACCCUCCUGCGAAAAUCGAAGAAUCGCAUUCUAUCGAUCGAAGCCCUCUCCGAAGCUACUCGAAGCUAGCGGCUUCGCUAGCAUCAACUGAGAAUGUUGAAAACGAAGCACCCAAAAGCCCCGGGAAGACCCCGCAAUCCAUGGCGAACAACCGCUUCGUCGACGUCGGCAAGGUCGAACUUAAAGGCGGCGGUAACCUGGUUUAUGUGAAGUUCAACGGGAAGUGGUACGUUCCGAGUCCUUGCGUGGCCUCUUUGGCUGGCCUGCAAUCCGACACGAUUCUCCAGAGUCUCAAGGAGCAGCAUAUCGAGAUCCACGACGUUGAGGUUCUCCGCGAAUCUGAACGAGACCACUCGGAGCUGAGGUUCGAGAUCGCGUUGAUUAAUUGUCCUCUGGUCAUCACCAAGGCAGGCACAUUGAUCAAGGAAAUCCCUCUGAUACCGUGGAAGUCUCUUGGUAUAUUGCUCCUGGCUUUCGGGACAGAGAGAGUCGAGCUGGAGAAGACUCUCAGGAGUAUCAGCGAAAGCUUCUCGAUGUCCGAUCGAUCAUCCAUUUGAGUGCGGCUCUAGCGCGAAAUUCUGCGGAGCCAUUGUGAAUUCUGGCUUGCGAGGGCAAUCAUCGGUGGAUUCAGCGCGGAUCUCUCUUCUGGCCUGGCUGAUGUAGCCCGAUGGUAGGAGCCGUGGUCUGAGGAGCGAUUGCAACGAUAUACAUCAAAAUAUAUAUAUAAAUACAAAUAACCUAUACUCUUAAUCAUAAGAAAUGAAAUAAAG